CGGUCCGGCGUUCACCUUCAUGUCGCCGCCGGGUGUACAAUGAAACAAGACUACUGGGUGCAAGGAAGCCUAGGGCAAUGAAGAGCAUCCGACUGGCUCUUUUCUGGGGAACUCUUGCGUGGGUGAAGGCGAGAGAGGUGGAUACGUCGUCGUGUAAUAUAUCCCUGCCAUGGACAGUCUUGAAGACAGACUACAACGACGUCUCGGACACUGUGUUUCAGUCUCUGUUUCUAUGCCCCACCAACUUGAAUGGAUGCGGGGACAGGACGCUGCUUACGUGCCAGAAUGACAGCUACGUGAGGACUUGCUCCUGCGCGUCCAACUGCAGAGUUUACCGCGACUGCUGCUGGGAGUCAGGCCUCGAGAAUCGGGUGACUGCUCUUCCCAAAUCUGCCUGCGUUGCCAUUAACUUUUCUUGGUCAGCCCGGAAGUAUUUCUACAUGGUCACGGGAUGUUUGCCGGAUUGGCCCAUUGAUGACGUGAGAAAAGCCUGUGAGGAGUCAGGGAACUUCAAGGAGACCUUCUACAAGAUUCCAGUUACAAGUUCCACUGACAUUACUUACAAAAAUGGCUACUGUGCUCUUUGCAACUACGACCUAGCGAACACAACCUUCUGGAUUGCCAUUGAAACACCUUCCUUUCCAAUCACUUAUUUUAAACUUCCUGACAUAAUCGCCACUCAGCCUUACCUUCAUCUGAGACCAUGCAGCCGCCGCCCUCAAGAAGACACUUGUCCCGAGGGCACUUCCGAAAACAUCGUUCAAAAAUGCAAGACUUUUUAUGCUCCCAUCACCACCUUAGAAGACGAAGAGAGUCCAGAGUAUCGAAAUGUGUAUUGUGCUAUGUGCAAUGGCGCCAACCUUUCCGCUUUAUCGUGUAAACCAGCUGAAGAGUUAAGCAGAUUUCCUGUUCCUUAUCGGCAAAUUGCGAUUCUACCUGAUCCAAACUUGGUUACCAUCUUUCACCCCGUGUUGAGAACUGAAGACUGUUACGUUAAACAUAGAAACCGUUGCUUUAUCAAGUCUCCUCCAGAGCUGCUCAGACGGCAGCAUGAUGAAAACAGCACGAACCAAAUGGAGCGGAGACAGCAUGAAAUGCGCUUCUACACCGUCCAAAAUUAUCUCACAAUCGUUUGUGUCAGCUUGUCCAUCUGCUGUCUCUUCUUGAAAGUCGUUGUGUUCAGCAUCUACAAAGAAGCCAGGAGCUUUUCGUCCAAGUGUACUUUGUGUCUUUCCAUUACCUUGCUCAUGACCCAGCUGCUCUUCCUACUCGUGAACAGCUUUAAGGUCUCAGGGCCCGUGUGCACUGCGUCCGCCAUGUUGGUACACUACGGCUUCUUGUCAACGUUCUUCUGGACCAGUGUGAUCUCGUUCGACAUCUGGAGGAGCAUCACAGCCGCCAAGCUAUCUUCUAGACGGAACAGUACCUUGGCGUUCUACUCUGUGACCGCGUGGGGUGCCCCGAUGAUCAUCGUUGUCAUUGCAGCCACGGUAAACUGGUUGGCUCCAACAUCGUUGAUGUCCCCACUGUACGGUUAUUCGAGCUGCUGGAUGGGACGUAUUUGGGCCCAGAUAGCCUACUUUUUAGCGCCUAUGGCUAUACUGCUGGCUAUAGGUAUAGUCCUCUACCUGAACACCGUGUUCUACAUCCGCAAGACUACCGACCGUGCUCGUGAUUUUGAGUCUAAAGACGGAAUUCAGCGGAGCCAACAUUCCCACAUGACAUUGUUUGUACGAUUGGCUCUCAUUAUGGGAGCAACGUGGGGAGUGGGAUUCUUAGGUGUGUUCGUAGAUUCUACCGUGACAGAUAUUCUGGUCAUUGUGCUUGUUGGGCUUCAGGGUGUGUACCUUUUCUUUGCAUUUAAGGAUCACAAACACUUCUGCUCCUCAAUUCGAAAACGAAAGAUCAGUUCUCGCACAGGGGGACCGUCUAAUACUACAUUCACUACAGAGGACCCGCAAAGCCAAAGACUUUCCUCGUAGAGUUGUGACUAUUAUUGACCACGGAGUCUCCUUUGUUGCGAAGUUGCGUCCAGAGAACGUUUCGGGCUUUGCUGAUAUGAGAUCAGCGAACGCUGUCACUUUCCCUACAGGGAAAGGUCUGAAAGUUUCAGAUAUCACGAUUACCGCCCAAUCUCGUACUUCUAUGGAUUAACAGUAAAGUAGACCGUACUUGUACAACAUUGUCUCCUGCUCAAUAGCAAUUCCCAGCAUAAAACAAAUGUUGCUGCCAUUCUUAGUAUGCUGGCACCAACUUUCGCCACUCUUUUUCUUUUUUGCAUACAUUGUGUGGUAUUAAUAUCACUGCACCAGGGCAUUACACCCAUCAUAAGCUCUUACUGCAAGAGGCUUGAGGCAGCCAGUCAGUGAACGCUUCACUUGUAGGAAAACCCAUGGCUGCUCAAUAUAUAGGGUGUUAGAAGUCACCAGGCUCGAUCUAAAAUGGACCGUAAAAAUCGGCGGCUGCGCGAAGCAAUCUCAACUUUUCGUCAAAGGUGUAAUUCACAGGUCCGUUUUUUCUUGUAAAAUAAAAAAAACGCAGCUCCCUUUCUUAAAAAAAAGCAAAAGGCUAAGAACUUGCCAGGGUCAGCGGCGGUCGGCGAUGCAGACGACAGAGUCGAGUGACGGGGUGCGUUUGGCGCACCCAUUGAGAGAUGGCGUUACCUCUUUAUCGGGAGUAGGGAGCCUUCAUACACUUUCGCCACGUCUGUCUUAGGGUGGCGGCAUCUCGGCCAUUUCUGUGCCCAGAAUGCACGCGCUUCGAUCUCGUUCGGAGCGAGCGCUUAGCUCCGCCCGGGGGUUUGGCGCCAUUUUAAGGACCAUUUGGCACGCGCAGGCAGUUUUCAAUACAACAAUGGGUGUUUUCACCCUAUGACAGACGCACAUCGAGGCACCCUAAUCGGGAGUGCUUGGGACUCCAUGCACAGGGCUACACACCUCAACCUAAUCCCGGCGAGCUCUCGCCCCACAAGUUACGUGGAAUGGACAUGCCCACACUCCACAAAGCCUUCCGACCACCGGAAACACAUUCUUGACUUGCUGCUUGCCUUUGUGCGCAGAUGCGGUUGCAUGUGCACACAAAGGCAUAAGAAAAAUGCGGUUGCAUAAAGACGGCAUUCUCGCUGCCAACAGAUUUCGUGUGCGUGUCGUCUGCUUUCUUUUGCUGGUCGACGCCAUCUUCCGACGCCAUCUAUCAAUUAAUACGUGCGCCAAACGCGCCCCGCCGCUCUACUCAGUCGUCUGCGUCGCCGCUCGUCGUUGACCAUGACAAGUUUCUUGGCCCCAUUUUGUACAAAAAGGGAGCUACGCUCUCUAAUAUUACAAGGGAAAAACUAAUUAAAGACGUCUACAAUUUUCUGUGAUGCCGAAUUAGAGCGCAGCUCUUGAGGAUGAGGAGGGGAGAAUACGCAGGGGAGGGUAUGCCUCUGCUCCCCGUCCGUAUCCUUCCCUCCCCCUUGUCUAGUGUCCUCCCAUUUAGCGGGAUAUUUUCAUUACAUUUCCCGCUAAAUUUAGCGAACAUGUCCCCGCUAAAUUUAGCGUUAAAUUUAGCGAAACUCUGCCCGCUAAAUUUAGCGGUGAAAUUCAGCAAACGUUUUUCUAUUAAAGUUAGUGGGGAAACUGAAUUGUUGUUGAUGUCACGUGACGUCAAUUUAGUGGGUUAAGUUUUCCUGCUAAAUUUAGAAGGUAAAUGUUCUGUAAUGCAAUGCGCGCGGUUAUGCCAACGCCACUCAACCCGGAAACGGGCGCCUAAGAGCUGCGCUCUAAAAUGGACUUGUGAAAUACACUUUUUAUGAAAAGUUUCGAUUGCUUCGUGCAGGCGUCUAUUUUCACGGUCUGUUUGAGAUCGAGCCUGGUGACUUAAGACACCUUAUACAUAUACUAUCAAGUCUCAAUGUCUAUAAUCUAGGCAGCCACAUCUUUCGUUGCAUGCAUGCUAGCGCCAUAACUUGACAUAUUUUCGAAUACUUUCGUUUGCUAUUUGUAGCAACGUAAUUCCCAUAUCACGGAUUGCAUCAAGUCAUCAUACACGCGGCCUGAAUUUUCAUACACUGACCUUGGCAUUAAAGCUAUUUUUUUCUGAAUCGAACACGUGCUGCGUUAUUGAACGUCGGGGAAAAUACAAAACUCCCAAUACAAUUAAACGUCCGGACGCGUGAAGGAUGUCAAUGCCGCCGUGGUGCGCCUACAUUGUUUUCGUAGAAACAAAUAUACAACCUGGGCAUGUAAUGCUGCUAUUACAAAUGCCAAGUCAUGCGGCUUCCAUAAACCGUCGCUUGACACUCGAUCCAGACAUAUGUAUCUUCUAGCACGAGCGGCGUCAUUACUCUCAGAUCGACGGCCAGUAUGGUUGUAUAAAUAACAUUUCAAUCAAAUCACCAAGGACAUCUGGUGUAGUACAUCGCCUCCUCUUCCAACUGUCAAGAAGACGAUCAAAACUGGUGUCUGAACUGCGCAGAUACAACCUAUAAAUCAAGUUCUGCGCAUUACGUCCUACACGCCCCAAAAUAACAAGCAUUCUAAAGCUUGCACCCGGUGAAGCGACAGAUGAGUGUAUCUUUGCAUCACAGCACGCCAGCAUAUCUUUCCAGUCCUUCGUGAGAGAGUAGCCGACGGCAUAUGGAGCCAUUCAAGCAAAGCUACAAGUGCAAGGUCACGGCGUUCGCCGUUUCUCCCCCUGUGUGCUAUCAGCGGCUGAAGCAAUUAAGCCAUGUCCCGACGUCACUGUGUAGAAUGUAUCACACCUCUGCAAAGUUCCUUACUCUAUACAAAUACUCCCAAUAAACGCCCUGGGGGGCUAUGUUGCGCUUUUUGC